AUGGUCAACCUCGCACUAAAGCUGAGCGUCGUCGUCCAGGCGGCGCUCCUCCUGCUCGUGCUGCAGCACGCCACCACUCCCGCAAACGCCUUCUUCGGACGCGGUCGUCCCGCAGAAUUUAAUUCGACCGACCUCGUGUCGCGCUAUGCCGACAUGGAGACUUCCAAUCCUGUGAUGCAGCGCGCCGCCAACGCCCAAGCUUCGAGCAAAGGUGUUCCGGCUUACGAAAACAGCAAGGAUGUGAACGGAGAUGAUGAUGACGACGAGGAGUACGACGAGGAGUACGACGAGCUCGAGAUCAUCACAUCCUUCGAACCCGAGCAGGACAAACUCGAGGCUGACAUCCUCCGCAAGCGCGGUGGACCCACCCCGUGCCCUGCACAGCACACGCAGCGCCAACGUCGCUCGCUCGAGACUCCUCGUCCACACCACAAGCGUGAGCCCGAGCCCGAGCCCAAAGCUCACCACAAGGAACACAAGGUCACCAAGACCAUCCAUCAGACCGUCCAUCGCAGAUGCACUCGCAACGCUCGUCGCGCACCCAAGCCUACGCCUCAGGUCAAGCCCAAGCAAUUCAAGCAGCGCUUCGUGUCCAACUUUCAGCCUCCCACCGGAUACCGUUACUCGUGGGGCAUUGACGCCUCUCGCGUCUCUUACGGCACCUUCAGCGGUCAAUACAUCAGCCGCACCACGAUCUUUGGCGCUUCCGCUGUUGGUCAGAGCGAGGUCGAAAUUUGCAGUGCACGAUGCGAGAACACAAACGGUUGCGGCUUCUUUCACCCCGUCCAGAUGAACGGUGGCUCCGAGGGCGCCGUCAUCUGUGUUCUGUACACCGUCAAACAGUCCAAGUCCGCGGCCACUUGGACUAGCGGAGCGGGAAGCGCAGGCGGCUCCGUCGCCUUUUCUUACGGCUUUACGCGCAACGCUGGUCCCGCCGCCGGUGUCGCCAAGUUCCAAGCUCCGUCUGGCUACCUCUUCUCGUGGGGCAUCGAAGGAUCGCGAGUCUCCUACGGCCCUUCUACCGGCCAGUACAUCAGUCGAUCCACCAUCGUCGGCGCCACUGUCGUUGGUCAGAACGAGCUCGCCACGUGCGGUGCUAGAUGCAACGAUGUCAAGGGCUGUGGAUUCGUCCAUCCCAUCCAGAUGAGCGGAGGUUCCGAAGGCGCCGUCAUUUGCGCUUUCUACACUGUCGAGCAGGCCAAGUCGGCAGCAACCUGGACAAAGGGCGCAGGAAGCGCAGGUGGUACUGUCAAGCUCUCCUACGGCCUCGUUCGCAACGCCGGACCCUCUCCGGGCAACCCAGCCGCCACCACGUCGGUGAAGACCACCUCCACCACGCCCAAGCCCACAACAAGUUCGACGUCCAGCCGGGCUACCACCACCUCGACGUCGACCACCCCAAAGCCAACCACGUCAUCCACGUCAUCCACCUCGACUAGGAGCUCCACUUCUUCCACUUCAACUAGGAGCUCCACUUCGUCCACAUUUACGAGGACCUCUACUUCGACUACUUCGACCUCAACCUCCACUUCCUCGUCCAAGACGACGUCCUCCUCCUCUUCCUCGUCUUCUUCUACCACCUCGUCGUCAUCUUCGUCUACCUCAUCCUCUACCUCCAGCACCGUCACGCCGACGCCCACUCCAAAGGUCUACUCGCUCAUGGCCAACUAUAGGGGCGCCAACUUCUACGACAACAUGUACUUCUUCACCUUCAAGGACCCCACGAACGGCAUGGUCGACUACAUCGGACGUGACGAGGCUUCUUCGCUCGGAAUGGUCAAGACCACCAGCGGCGGUCAGGUGUACAUGGGCUAUGCCACCACGCGCAUUUAUCCUCCCGCUCCCACUACCACUUCGACGUCGUCUUCGAGCACGUCGACUUCGACUUCGGCCAGCUCCUCCACUUCUACCCGCGCUGCAGGCAGACGUGCCAUCUCAACGUCGUCGUCGUCGACCUCGACCUCGACAUCUACGUCGUCUUCGAGUGCCAGCUCUUCGACCGGGUCGUUCGGUGCCCAGGCAGUGACUACAAGCUCGUCGAUCUCAGGCUCAAGCUCCACGUCCAGCAGCACGAGUAGUGCGGCAGCGACGUCUAGUGCGGCACCCAUCCCGUACAUGAAGUCGGUGCGUGUCUCUUCGUACGACACCUUCACCACCGGUGUGUUUAUCCUCGAUGCCUCGCACAUGCCCGUCGGAUGCGGUGUGUGGCCGGCGUGGUGGACGGUGCCCACCAACCCGGCUGGCGGCUGGCCCAACGGUGGCGAGAUCGACAUUGUCGAGGGCAUCUCGUUUACGUCGCAGAACACGUACUCUGUGCACACGGCGCCCGGCUGCCGCGUCAACGCGACCACCAACUCGCAGCUGGGCAAGUACCAGCUGACCAACAUCACCAUGGCGACCAACUGCGCGUCGGCCGAGACGGGCAACCAGGGCUGUGGGGUGCAGUCGUCGUUGCGCAACGACUAUGGCGUCGGCUACAACAACAAUGGCGGCGGUAUUCAUGCGAUGGUGUGGGAUAAGGACGAGGGGAUCAAGGCGUGGUUCUUCCCGCGCUCGGCGACUCCAGCUGACAUCAUCGCCGGCACGCCCGACCCGACCGGCUGGGGCACGCCGCAGGGAAGCUGGCCUGCACAGAGCUGCGACCCGACCACGUUCUUCUUCAACCACGUGAGCGUGUUCAGCAACACCAUCUGCGGCGACUGGGCAGGCGACAAGACGCUCUGGAACAACGCGUGGAACGGCCAGGCACAGAGCUGCGCCCAGAUGACCGGCUACCCAACCUGCCAGAGCUACGUGCAGUCCAAGGACGUCGACUUCUCCCAGGCUUAUUGGCUCAUCAACUCGGUCAAGAUCUACCAGACCGAGCGAACUUCUUAA